GAUGGACCUGGGAUCAUCCCAAAGACUUUCGAACAGUACAUAGAAUUCCCGGAGCCUCUGUACUCCCCCCUUGUGGAAACGAGCCCAUUUGAUGCGUCUGGAUCUGGGCAAAGAUCCGAAUCCGGUCCCGUGGAGGAUUUCGUCUUUGGUGACUCUUAUAUGGGACUGAGCACGUCGUACACUGCACAAUCCGAUUCCUCAAUAGGAUCUGUCGAGUCCCUCGCAUCUUCUGCUUCGAAGACCUUUCGCAAGCGGAGGCGAAGGAAGCCGGUGGCUUCGAGACCCAGCCCUAACCGGCAGUUGGGUAUAAGAAGAUACCAAUGCACGUUUUGCACCGACACUUUUAAAACAAAGUACGACUGGCAGCGGCAUGAGACUACUCUGCAUCUAAGUCUCGAGCAAUGGCAGUGUGCCAAGUCUGGCCCAUUUUUGCAACAAUCGGAUGGAGUAAUCUGUUGUGUGUUUUGUGGCCAGCUCGAACCGGCACCAGAUCACCCUUCAACACACAACUACUCUGCAUGCACGGCCAGGCCAACUCAAGAGCGAAUUUUCAGCCGCAAAGACCAUUUGCACCAGCAUUUACGGAUUGUCCAUAAAGGAAGCUUGUUCAAUGAUAAUAUGAAGUCCUGGUUCUCCUCCAUCGAGAUGAUCAAUUCUCGUUGCGGAUUCUGCGAUACACGCAUGACAAGCUGGGCAGAAAGACAGAAGCAUAUUGCAGGCCACUUCAAGAAGGGUGCAAGCAUGAAGGACUGGAAGGGGGACCGAGGCUUCGAUGAACACAUUGACGAUAUUGUCGAGAACGAUAUGCCGGCAUUCAUUAUCGGCCUCGAGCAGACCUCGCUCGAGCCCUUCUCAGCAUCCCAAGUGAGCCAUCUCACUCAGCUGCCCGACCAAGAUGUCGAUCGCCUCGCGAGCGAGCUUACCUUGCUAGGACAAAGCACGCCAGAACCCGACGCAUCUAAUAUACAGCCUCAAAUAGCGGGCAACUCAUAUCGAAAAUUCGAGACAAGGCUCCUUGCUUAUGUUUCGGACGAGCUCAGCCAUGGUCGCGUUCCGACGGAUGAGCAAUUGCGGGUGAAGACCAGCGAGAUUAUGUAUGGCCCAGGCAACGCAUGGGACCCAACUUGGGCUGAUAGUGUUCAAUGGCUGGGGCUAUUUAAAAGGAAGGCAGGGCUUAUUGAAUUGCCGUAUGGGAGUGGAAGGAAUGCUUUUGUUGGAAGAGAUGCAGGCAUCGACAAUUCGGAGGAUGUCGGGUCGAUGCUGGCUGAGACGCCGGACGAGGCUGCAUAGCACAGUGCGGCGAAAGAAGAUAUUGAGCUGGAUUUAAAGAGUAAUG